CCCACGCCGCCGAGCCCGCUGAGCCGCACCGGUGCCGCCGUCGCCUCCGCUGCUUCAGGAUGGUGCCACCCUGCUCCCGGACUGCUCUGCACUUCUUCGCCCUGGCGGUCGCUCUCUGUCUGAGUGCGGUGUCAGCAGGCAUGGACGGCGAGAGAGACGCCUGGGAGAAGCCCGGCUGCCACAGAGUUGGGCACACGCGGAAGAUCAGCAUCCCGGACUGCAUCGAGUUCCCCAUCACGACGAACGCGUGCCGCGGCUUCUGUGAGUCGUGGUCUGUGCCGUCGGCGCUCAACACGCUGCGCGUCAACCCGCACCAGGCCAUCACCAGCAUCGGGCAGUGCUGCAACAUCAUGGAGACGGAAGACGUGGAGGUCCGUGUGAUGUGUCUCGACGGGCCCCGGGAUUUGGUGUUCAAGUCGGCAAAGAGCUGCCAAUGCUACCACUGCAAGAAGGAUUAAUGACGUAGGCUCUCCCGCAUCGCUACCAGCGGUUCUUGACGUCUCCCAGUCACCAGGAUCCACAGUUACUCCCAGCUGGCGACUGAUUUAAUUGCGUCAAUAGUUACUGAAUUUAUUCCUCAAGACGACAUUAGUUCAACGAUAGUUUAUAAAGUAGAAAGAUUUUAGUGGUUGCUGUAACCAUUAUUUCAGUUAAAUUCUGUUCACUAUUGUUAUAUCGUAAAUUAACUUCGAUAGGACUGUUUAUAAUCUUCUCACGUCAUCAUUUUCAAUUAAUCUAUCUGAGUACAAUAGUAGACUGUUACACAAUUGAGACUUAGUAAAGCAUAAUAAUAGUACAGUGCCAUUCUGUAGAAAUUACUUACUCUCUAUUCUGAAGACGACCUUUUUGUUCUAACAUGACUUGGAGGCGUCAAGAAAAUUUUUGCGUGUUGUAUUAUUUCCGUAGAAUAGCUCCAACUGAUCUUCCAGUGAAUCAUAUAAUGUAAUACCACGUAACAAUUAGAACUAACGUAGCUUUGCAAUGCCUCAUUAUUUUAACUUCUCAGGGAUUGUGUUCCAAUGUAACAGAACACUGUAUCUUAAUUUAAGUAUGCUUGAGAUCUAAUAAAAUGUGCAAUGAUGCAGAUUUUUGUCUUCUCAACAAAAGAUGAAACGAUACUGUGUCUAAUAUUUUUCUGUUCCCAUGAAUUUAUCUCCUUUCUAACACAUCGCCAUAUCUUGGUGCCAGUUUCCCCUUGACACCACGGAACGGUACUGAGGAGUAACAACACUUCGUCUCUUCAGACAAAGAUUGUAUUGUUUAAGCCUUGUACCAAAUGUUAUUUCUCAUCUAUAAUCUCGAGCGCUCGAGUACAAGGUUAAGCAAUAUAUCUAUCUGAUUAAG